GCACCUCGCGGCAGUGUUUCUAAACACAGUGUACAGCGCGGUCAGUAUGGAGGCGUCCAUGUUCACUGGGAAUGGACACGAAACUGAUAAAAGACGUUAAUGCAGCCGGAAAACUGCCCAUUAAGACGUGGAGUCUCCAUGUAAUAGUACGAGAGUAGUAUGCUUGACGUGGGAAAGUGGCCAGUGUUUGCUCUUCUGCCUCCUGAGGAACUGCGUCUCAUCCGCCAAGCCUGUGUGUUUGGCAGCGCUGCUAAUGAGGCUCUCUACGUUACAGUCAACGAUGAGGUGUUUGCUUUGGGAACAAACUGCAGUGGAUGCUUGGGUCUGGGAGAUGUCCAAAGCACCAUUGAACCCAGGAGGAUAGAUGCUCUUUGUGGGAAGAAGAUUACCUCUCUGAGCUUUGGCACAGGGCCGCAUGUCGUCAUUGCCACUGCAGAAGGAGAGGUGUAUGCCUGGGGCCACAAUGGCUACAGCCAGUUAGGGAAUGGCACCACUAACCACGGCCUGAUCCCUGCCCUGGUGUCUACCAACCUCAUCAGUAAGAGGGUGACUGAGGUGGCCUGUGGCUCCCAUCACACCAUUGCGCUCACCAAUGACGGAGAGGUGUAUGCAUGGGGCUACAACAACUCUGGCCAGGUGGGAUCGGGUUCUACAGCCAACCAACCCACGCCACGCAGGGUAAGCAGCUGCCUGCAGAACAAGGUUGUAGUAAACAUUGCCUGUGGCCAGCUCUGCUCCAUGGCUGUCCUGGACAAUGGAGAGAUCUAUGGCUGGGGCUAUAACUGUAAUGGGCAGCUGGGUCUGGGUAACAAUGGCAACCAACAAACCCCGUGUCGUAUCGCUGCUCUGCAGGGAAUCAACAUUGUCCAGGUGGCUUGUGGCUACGCGCACACCCUGGCAUUAACAGAUGAGGGGUUUGUUUACGCCUGGGGUGCCAAUGCUUAUGGGCAGCUAGGCACUGGGAACAAGAGCAACCAGGCAUUGCCCACACUCAUUAACAUGGACAAGGAAAGGUUGGUGGAAGUGGCUGCAUGUCACACUAGUCACACGUCUGCCGCUAAGACACAGAGCGGUCAGGUGCUGAUGUGGGGUCAGUGUCGAGGUCAGGCUAUUCCCUGCCCACACAGCACACAUUUCUCCAGCACAGAUGAUGUGUUUGCCUGUUUUGCUACCCCUGCCGUCACCUGGCGUCUUCUCACUGUGGAUGGUGAUGACUACCUGACUGUGGCUCAGUCUCUUAAGAGAGAGUUUGACAGCCCUGCAAUUUCAGACCUCAAGUUCCUUGUAGAUGGAAAAUGUAUACAUGUUCACAAAGCUCUGCUUAAAAUCAGAUGUGAGCAUUUUCGGACCCUGUUAAAUGAGACUGAUGAAGAAGCCAUUGAAAUCCAUCAGUUCUCCUACAUGGUUUACCGGGCUUUCCUGGAGUACCUCUACACUGACACUAUAAAUCUGCCACCAGAGGACGCUAUAGGUCUUUUAGAUCUUGCUACCUACUACAGAGAGACUCGUCUAAAACGGCUGUGCCAGGAAACCAUUAAAAGAGGUAUUUCAGAAGAGAAUGCCAUCACAUUGCUAUCUGCAGCUGUGAAAUAUGAGGCAAAGGACUUGGAAGAGUUCUGCUUCAAGUUCUGUGUCAACCACUUGACUGCCGUCACUCAGACCCAGGCCUUUGCUGAUAUGGACCACGACCUGUUGAAGAACUUUAUUAGCAAAGCAAGCCGUUAUGGGGCCUUUAAAAACUAAGCUGGAGCAUGACUAGACCAGAGAGAGAGCUGGAGAAGAAUCAUUUAUUAUAUCUGCUAGAAACAGGCAAUGUUCCAUGGUAUGUAAAAGAGCAUGGCAGCACAUCUUCUGUUUAGAUAAACCACUCCACUGGGUGACUACUUGGCCCUAAUGCUUUUAAGGUGCACUAUCCAAGAUGACAAAAAAAUGCAUAUGGGGUGUUGUAGGCACCUGGGUAGUCAAAACACUAUACAGUACUGUGCAAAAGUUGAAGGCACAUAAAACAUCAGUAAUUGAAUUUUUUUU